UUGUAUUUUUUUUCUUGUUCUUUUUGCAUUUCUUUUCUUUUCUCCCUCCCAGACGCCUCCCCAUCCGCCCCCGAGCAGCGCUACCUCUUCGACAUCUCCAGCCUGCCCGAGGCAGAGGAAGUGACGGGCGCGGAGCUGCGGGUCCUACGCUCCCUCCCUGCAAACCGCAGCCUGGCCCUGUCCCCCGAAGGCACCUUUCACCACCUGCUCCUCUCCACCUGCUCCGGCCGGGCCGGCGAGGAGCCCAGACUGCUGGACUCCAGAGCGGCCGAUGUUCUGGAUGCAGGCUCCAGAUGGGAGGUGUUUGACGUUUGGGAAGCGCUUCGAGACCGCAGGGAGAGGCCCCCAAAGGGCAAACUGCUGUGCUUCGUGCUGAGGGUGGUGUCGGAUCGCUCGGGCCGUCUCCUGCCCCCUCGGCAGCUGGGAUUCGGCAAACCCCACCCGCAGCCCCUCGAGCGAGCGCUGCUUGUGGCCUUCUCCCACACCCAGAGGAAGGAGAACCUCUUCAAGGAGAUCCGGGAGAGGAUGAAGGUGCUGGGCGGCCCUCCCUUGCUAGAACCCCCUGAUCCCGGCCGGGAGGCGUACCCCAAGCGGAGGAAGAGGAGGACCGCCAUCGCUGCCCGCUCCGGGGGCAAAGGCCACGGGAAGAAGGCGAAGACGCGUUGCAGCAGGAAACCCCUACACGUCAACUUCAAGGAGCUGGGCUGGGACGACUGGAUCAUCCACCGCUUCACUGCGUCCUGGAGACCACAACCCACUGGGGUCCGAAAGCAAGGGCAGAUGGAGCGGCGAUGUCCUCCUGGGCUGUUUGCUGAUGCUUGCCACACCCGUGAGGAAAAGUCUGGCAACCCCAAGCUGCCUUCUGCUUGGAGCUGA